UUUGUAGUCACAUGAUGGAAGGUGCCCUUUUAUUCCCCUUGUACAUCGAGUAGCACCACAGCAGUUCUCUGUAGGACUAAGAGCAGUCUUACUUUUUGUCUGCUUCUCUUUCUGUAGAAGAGUGCUGUUGUCUACAAAACCAAAGAUGGCUUCUACAGAGAUAAUACGUGUGCCCGAACUUGAAACCCUCCUUAACCUUGACCCAUACUUGCAGCCCUUCGUGCCUGACUUCCAGAGAAGGUACACAGCAUUUGUAAAAACAUUAAAAAAGAUUGAGGAAGAUGAAGGAGGUCUUGCACCAUUCACAUCAAGCUAUCAGUCAUUUGGGGUGAACAAAAGGCCUGAUGGUGGUCUCUAUUUUAGAGAAUGGGCCCCAGGAGCAGAAGCUCUAUUCCUUACAGGCGAUUUCAGUUAUAACUGCAUUCAGUUGAUGGCUGUAAUGGAACAUGCUUAUUAUGCAAGCUUUGGUUAUCAAGUCACAAGUUUCUUUGCUGCUUCAAGCCGGUAUGGAACGCCUGAAGAACUGAAGGAAUUGGUCGACACUGCACAUUCGAUGGGUAUUGUAGUUCUUCUGGAUGUUGUGCAUAGCCAUGCAUCAAAAAACACAGAGGAUGGUCUGAACCAGUUUGAUGGGACUGAUGCUUGCUUUUUUCAUUCCGGCUCAAGAGGAAAUCAUGACUUGUGGGACAGUAGGCUUUUUGAUUAUUCCAACUGGGAAGUACUGCGAUUUCUCCUCUCAAACCUAAGGAUGUGGUUGGAAGAAUACAGAUUUGAUGGGUUUCGUUUUGAUGGUGUAACUUCCAUGUUGUAUCACCAUCAUGGAAUGGGUACAGGUUUUAGUGGGGAUUACAAUGAGUAUUUUGGCCUUCAAGUGGAUGAAGAUUCCUUGGUGUAUCUCAUGUUGUCGAAUCAUAUGAUACAUACCCUUUAUCCAGAUGCCAUUACCAUAGCAGAGGAUGUUUCUGGAAUGCCUGCACUCUGUAUCCCUGUACCUCAGGGAGGCACUGGUUUUGAUUAUCGGUUAGCCAUGGCCAUUCCUGACAAAUGGAUUCAGAUUCUGAAAGAGUACAAGGAUGAAGAGUGGAAUAUAGGCAAUAUAGUGCACACAUUGACAAACCGAAGGCAUAAUGAAAAGUGCAUUGCCUAUGCAGAGAGCCAUGACCAGGCUCUGGUUGGGGAUAAGACAUUAGCUUUCUGGUUGAUGGAUGCAGAGAUGUAUACAAACAUGAGUGUUCUGGUUCCUUUGACUCCAGUUAUUGACCGUGGAAUACAGCUUCACAAAAUGAUGCGUCUCAUUACCCACGGACUUGGCGGAGAGGGCUAUCUCAACUUCAUGGGUAAUGAAUUUGGACAUCCUGAGUGGUUAGAUUUUCCUCGAUUAGGAAACAAUGAGAGUUACCAUUAUGCCAGGCGACAGUAUAAUUUAGCCGAUGACGCUCUCCUUCGGUACAAGUUUCUCUAUGCUUUUGACCGAGACAUGAACCACCUGGAAGCGAAGUAUGGUUGGCUUGCUGCACCCCAAGGUUAUGUGAGUGCUAAGCAUGAAGAAGACAAGGUCAUCACUUUUGAGCGGGGAAGUCUGCUUUUUAUCUUCAAUUUCCAUCCUAACAAGAGCUAUACAGAUUACAGAGUUGGAGUGGAGAGAGCAGGGAAGUAUACCAUAGCAUUGGACACAGAUGCUGCAGAAUAUGGGGGACAUCAGAGAGUGGACCACAAUACUCAGUACUUUACUGAACAUUUUGCUUAUAAUAAUCGUCCAAAUUCAUUGAUGGUUUAUAUUCCGUCAAGAGUUGGACUUGUGCUUCAGAAUGCAGACUUCCAAAACUGAGUUGUGAAAAUGAAGAUGUGAAAUACUGUGGAGACAAGAAGCCAAGGGAAGAACUUUGAAUUAAAAUUGAUUUCCACAAUCCUUCCUUGAUCAGUGUUUGGCUUUUCACUCAUUUUCAUCACUACUGAAAAUUCUGUGUAAUUUUGGGUUCAUAAACUGUACAUGGUUUUAUAUAAAUAAUAUACAUGUCAAAUCCAUAAUUUUUGCAAGGGGCAUUCAUUUCAUGCUCAAAAGCCAGUAAGUAAAAAGAUGUCAUCUGUAUGAGAUGGUUAUAGAAACAGAAAACUACUUUCAAGGUAUUUAAAAUAAAUUUCCAAAAAAAAAAAAUCA